AUGAAUAACGGAGACCAAUUAAAAACACCAAUUCCGUUGCGUAAGAAAAUUGCGUCUGAUAUAAGAUUGAAUUACCUUACUCAACGUCCUUCUUCUACAUGUUCUUCAAAUGUUCAAACCUCUAUCAAUAACAAUGGAACCAAAAAGGCAAAAUGUUUUGAACAAACUUGCAAUAAUUAUGAUGAAGAUAAUAAGUCUGUCCCAAAAGCUCGCAGUGCAACACCAGCAAAAAACGAUGCCACAUUAUUUAAUGGAAUGGAUUCUGAAGAACUAAUUAAAAAGAGAUUAGCCAAUUAUUCUCUUGAUUUUGUAGAUGAUCAUGACCUAUAUCUGAAAAAUGUGUAUGAUUCAAACUCUAAAUGGUUUUCCAGAGAUGUUAAACCCGAUUUUUUAAUUGAAAAGUGUUUACCAUAUCCAAUCGAAAACUAUAAAGAUCAAGCAAAAUAUUUAUGUCAUAUCUUGGUUAAUUUAUACAUUGCUAUUCAAUCUUUUGACAUCCAGGGACUAUUAGCCAUAUCCAGCAAAGAUUUGUGUGAAUUUAAAGCUGGUCUCGAUGCAUUGGCAUUAGACACAGAUAUGUUCAAGUUAAGUGCUGAAGAUGGUGAAAUGAAUGAUAUCAAUACCUUUGACGAAGAAGACGAUGAAUUUGAAGAGGACGAAAAUGAAUAUAUUGAUACUUCUGGUCCUGAUUUCAAUGCUACCGGCAAAAUCACUGCCACUUCAGCCACUAUUAUCAACGUCAACCAUUGGACCAAUGAACUAAGAAAUUGCUUGCAUUUUGAUUUUCCUUUAACUCUAAGAAAAUCUUUGGCAAAGGUCUAUUACCACUUGGCUUUGGUUAGGGGACAAAAAAUAUUUAGACAAAUGCAUGUAGAUAUGUUUGAAUCAUUGGUCAUGAAGGAUGAUGAGGGAACUAAUUUUACCUCUUUGCUACUUAGUUCUGGCCUAAAAUUGGAUUAUAGACCCUUGUUGGAAUUUUUGCAAGAAUUCUUUCCCACAGCGGAAUCUGAUUACAUCAGAUACCAUGUUAGUAAUAAAUCAGACUUACAACUUUUCAGGUUGCUUUUAAAGCAUGCUCACAACUCCAAAGUAUUUUACGACCAAGAUGAUGAAAAGGCUUUGUCAACUGUUGUACAAAAUUUAAUAUCGAGUUAUGCACCUUCUACGGUGUCUAUUGUUUCACCAAUAAUUACAUCCUUUAUUCCAUACUAUUACCAGACUAAUUCGAAUAUUACCGACUUCUUCCCGUUUGUUUUUAGCAUCUGGACUUCUUCGAAUGCUAAUACUGUGAUAGAUACCCAUUCAUAUGACUUUGUUGGUUGUGUUUCAGAGGAUGCUUACAUAAACUUACUUACCCAGGAAUCUCCUAGAUUGUUGGUGAAAAGUGGUUUGACUUUUGGCAACUUUGGUUUGUUAACAGAACAGCAAAUGAAAUUUUUAUUCAACAGGGUACAAAACCACUUAAGAAAUGAUUUCCAAAUAUAUUCAUUUUCAAGGACCGUCCGGCCAUUUAUUUAUUCCAUUAAUGGUUCUGAUUUUGGUUCUUUUUUCAAUUAUCUUGAAGCGUUGCUGAAAUCUGUAGAAACGUUUAUCCACCCUUCAAAUACUGGUAAUUGGACCAAAAUCUGUGCCAAGUUUAUUCAUGCUUUUAUUAAAAUGUACCACCAAAGAGCUAAAUUAGAGGAAGACCCAAAAUCUAGUUUUAGAAGUGAAUUGAAAUUAAAUAAUAAAACUCAUGAAAAUAUGGUUAAAAUAUUUUUAAAAUUACUAAAUAUUGGCUCUUUAAAUAAAAGCUCUGAUAUGGCAAAUUAUUAUAUCUCCAGCUUUGCCUAUUUGUUAGAUUUGAGUCCACCAAAUAAGAGCUUAAUUCUAGAUAACAUCUUGAUAGACGUUUAUGAAUCAUUAACAGACCAAUAUGUGCAUUCUAUCCAUCGGACAUAUUCGGCCUUGAAAAAAUUUACCAGAGUUGUUCGUUAUAUGGUAAUGGAUGAUUUAUAUAGAGUCCAUGUAACCAAUAUUUUGUCUAUGAUGGUUAGUAAGUUAGAUCAUAACGAUAUUUUGUUAACGAGUAAUUUAAUUAAUGGUAUUGUGUCAAUAGCAUCUUUUAUUCCCUUCGAAAAUUUUACCAAAGCAGACGAGUAUUUUACCUUCGAAUCUCAUACACUUCCUUUUAUUCAAGAACAUUUGUAUUAUUUGAAAGAAGGAAAUAAUUCUUCAGUGGAGUUUAAUUAUAAUAAGGAAGUUUUGGAUGUUGCCUUUAGAGCUUCUACAACCGUCUUUGAAAAUGUUUUAAAGGUUUAUUUGGAUAAGGUUUUUUUAUUUGUUGAUGCUGAUUUUGACUCCAGUAUUAUUUCCAAAAUAAACCAAACUUCAAUGAUUAUGAUAGAAUCUAUGUCAGAUGAUGUUUUUAUGUAUUUCUUUGGUGCAUUUGAAAAAUUAUUGUGGGAUUCAAGUUAUAUCAGAGAAAAGGAGCCAAACUAUGAGUUGCUUAGUAUUACUAUAGGGGCUAUAAUCAAGAGGGAUAACAGAUUGGCAAGGAAAUUAUUUCAAAACUUAGCCGUGCAAAUCACACAAGAAUUGGAUAGGGGCGCUGGGUCUAUUAGAAGCUCGACUGAAAUUCAACAUAGGGAUGUUAGACUAGUAGCUUAUAUUAGCUGUUUAUGUGAAUUGCUAAGACAAGCUCAUGAAAGUUUGUUAACGUUUAAACGCGAACUAAUAAGUUUACUUCACACAAUAUAUGAUUCGAUUACUAACCCACCGAUCGAUAUUAUAACUUCCUUAUUAGUUCACAAUGUUUUAACUUCCUUAACUACCACAGAAGUUAUCGAGAAUAGAUUGAUUCCUAAGGACAGUGACUUAAAUUGUUAUGAGAGAUGGGGAGGUUUACAGUUCGAUUCCAGAAAAUUUUCCAAGAAAAACCUAACUUUUGACUGGCAUGUUCCCACAAGUGCUGAGAUUGACUUGGCCAUUGAGAUAUUGGAAGAUUUUAGUGAUUAUGCAAUUGAGUACAUUCAAAAACUCAUUACUGAUCCACAGCCAAGUAACAAAAAGACUGAUCUGUUUAAAAAAUGUAUUUUAAUUUUAACACAUGUACUGUCUGGCGCAAGUUUAUUGUUUGAUCCUGAUUACAACAAGGAAAAAACCAAAUAUCAGAUAGAUGAUAAAUAUAACAGUAAGUUAUUGUUGUUAAAAAACUUAAGAGAAAAUGAGCUUGAUGGUCAUGCUAUCGAUAUUGAUAUUGAACCAAUUAAGCAAGACAAAGACUUGACUCCCUUUGAGGAUAACGGUUCUUUAACUGAUGUCGAAAUAGACGGCUCUAAACUAAACGAAAUUCAAAUGGCUACCGAUAAAGAGAUGGAUGGUGCGGAUGACGUUUUGAUGGAAUAUGAAGGAGGGCAAUCUGAGAUACCAUCUGGUCUUGCUACCCCUAUUCCACACGAAGAAGAUGGUGCUAAUCACAACUCUAUUAUGUCAUCCGAAAUAACUUUUCGAGAAUUAAAUAUUUUCAGAUUUAAUUAUUUUUUUGGAAAUACUAGAACAGAAAAGUUGGGGGAUCUACGUUAUCUAAAAGUCCAUAAAUUACGAGCAGAUGUAGGUAAUUUUUUCCAUAAAAUCUAUCUUUAUUUGUCAUCUAAUUAUGACAACAAUACACAAAUUUUCCAAAUUUUUUUACACGGAUUAAAAGUAUGGUUUGCAGAUGUUGGACAGGAAACGAUUUUUAGCGAGGAUGCUUCAUCCUUUUUAGAAUUGGAGUUUUUGGAGAAUAUCCAGAGCUUAGCCCACGUAAAUGAGCCCUAUACAAGAACAUUUUUUGGUGCUAGAGUCAACGCUUUCCAUCAAUCCAGAGUCUUGUUAAAUUCUACUAACAGAGUGCCAUCAAAACUAGAAAAACUUUUAUUAAAAGACAUUAUUCAUUUAUCAAUGUCUAUUUAUCCAGAUAUUUUCAAGCCUGCUCAAGGUUGUAUGGUUCACACUAUAAAACAGUUAAUCGGAUCGUAUCAGAUUGUUAUUACAAAAAUUUUGUCUAGUUUUGAGGAGGCGUUGCAAAAUAAAUCCUAUAAGAAAAUUUCUGUAAUUCUACAGGUAUUGAAUAUUAAAAAAAUCAAUAGAAAACUAUUUACUGAUUACAAUAAUUUAUCCAAGAUCUUCAAGUUGUUGUGUGAAGCUAGUACCAUUUCUGAUGAUGAUAUUUCAUCUUUAGCUGAUGAGCUAUUGAACAAUCUGGGUUCAUGUUUCAAAAUUCCUUCAAGUGUUUGUUUAAUGGAUCAUGAUCAACUGGAAUGUAUUAACCCAGGCGAUGAUUCUAUCUCAUUGCAGGUUUCUGUUGUUCGAAAAGCGAAAGAUAAGAAAAGGAGGGAUUAUAUUAGCAAAUUGAUCGAGCUAAAUAAAGAGCUAAUAGAUAAAUUGAAUAACAGCAGCAAUUUAAACUGGAGGAUAACUUUGAAUUUAAUUAAAAUCAUUACUAGAUUGGAAGCAAGUUUAGAACUUCCAAUCAAUGACUCUUCUUUACUUUCAAUUUUCAAAAUGUGUGAUGGCAAACAUCCUGAUUUGUUGCAUUCCUCAUUAAAAUCGGUGAUUAAGAUCAUUGACAAGAUAUCGUUGAUGAGUGCGUAUCAGUAUAAUUUAAAUAAUGCAUUUGAUCCAAAGUUUCGUAAGCAGUUUACUGUUAGCGUUGGUACGAAGAGGGAUUUCAGCGCUGUUUUCCAAAAGGAAAUGAAUAAUUUUAAAUGCCCUAAUUAUUUCAUUGAUAAUAUCGCAUAUGUAGGAUGGCUUUGUUGGGGCCAGAAUAUGGAUGUUGUGGAAACUAGCAAGCAGAUUGAAUGGAAAUUAAAUAAUGAGAAUGACAAGAUUUUAAGAGACUUUGGCUCGCUGUUAACUAAAAAAUGGUUGAGAAACGUUUUGAACAUUUUAAUUAAAGAUAAUGAAACAAAAAGCUAUUUUAUUAGUUCAGAUGUGGAACUGUUUGUUAUAAUUAUACAUUUAAUCAAUGCUGGUUACUGUUGUCCCUCUUUAGUUGACGAUGCCUUGACCUAUGAGUUUAUUUUGGAAACAUGCGAUUCAAUUUUUGAUAAAAAUGAUAAAGCCAGUAUGAUUAUGUCCAUUGAAAUCAUGUGUGCUUUAAUUGCUGCAGACAAGUUUACUACUGAGAAGAAUGUUAUUAAAAGAGAUACAUUUAUGGAUAGGUUUUUGACAAGAAUUUUAGACCAUGAAUUAAAUCAAGACUCUAUGGAAGUGCUUAAUAUUGCUGUCUGGUGGAUUCCAAUGAACGUAGAUAUCAGAAGAUGCCCUGUGUUUUACGAAAAAUUUAGUUCUGUUGAGAAUUUAUUGGAUGUUAACUCCGAUGCAUCAGCAGAUCAAUCAUCUAAGUUAAAUUUGUUGCGUCAAAUAAUUAGUACUUUGGGUUGGAGAUCACCAGAUUUGGAUAAAUUAGUGGGUAGUUUAAUUUUCAAUCAUCCAUACGAUCAAGUACGUCGGUCUAUUGCGUUUAUGUAUAGUACCAUAUUAAGGGCUAGAAUUAAUUUAUCUAUGGAUGGUUAUCAAGAAUUGCUAGAUUAUGAAAGAUCAUCUGAUCGAGAACAAGAACAAAAAAACAGCGGAUUAGGAAGGCCAACGCUUUGUAUGCCAGACUUUUUCGCCAGGAUGUUUACCACCACCUUUGAAAGAAUUGAUUUUGAAUUUAAUAAAGUCAAGCAUAUGUUACCACAAGAUGUUUUGAAGACAGAUUAUUACUACAUGUCAAGUACCAUGAUCGAUUUGAUUUCUUCCUUAUUAGCUUCACCUUCGAAAGUUUUUUUGAUUUCAUAUUUAAAAGAAUAUAUUGGUCCAUUUUUCAGUAAAUUGGAUUCUAUGAAGGAUGUUUGCAAAUUAGCCAAUAUUGAUCCAGGUGCGCUAUACAUGACUUUUGCCUAUUUACCAAUAAGGAAAGAAUAUAUCGAAUCUGUAGUUUCAUUAAUUGACGAUAAAAGUUUAUUUCAAGGAUCACAUGGAUUAAGACUUCAAUUGACAUUUUUUGAAAGUAUUUUUUCCAAUAAUUUAUUUACAUUGGGAGAGAAUGAAAAGAAGAAGAUUUUAAAGUUUGUUGUAUUAAAUCUAUAUGAUUCUAAUUCCAUUGAAGUCAGACUAAGAGCAUCAGAUGUUUUAUCUGGCAUAGUCCACAAUAUAAUGGACAAAGGUAUUGUAAACGAAUUAACUGAGAAAUUCACCAAUGACCUUGUAAGCAAAAAAAAUAAUAAAAUUAAAGAUUAUUUGAAGGGCAAUAAGAGUGAUGAGAUUAAAAUACAUGGGUCGAUAAUUGGUCUAGGUGGUAUUAUCUCUGCAUAUCCAUAUGUUUUCCCCUUGCCCAAGUGGAUUCCUGCCAAAUUGAGCAUAUUAAGUUCCUGGGCUAAAGCUAAUGGGAUAUGUGGGAAUGCAGCCAAAGAUAUUAUCAGUGAAUUUAAAAAGGUUAGAUCAGAUACAUGGCAUUUGGAUAGGGAACAUUUCACUACAGACGAAUUAGAAGAUUUGGAAGGUGUUUUGUGGAGAAGUUAUUAUGCUUAG